GAGGGACAGUGACAGGUCCCCAGGGAAGGAAGAUCAGGCGGUGGGAGGUCUCCCGGUCCCAGAAGAGCGGGCAGGGGCCCCCGGGUGAAGGGGCAGGCCGGGGAACCAAAGAUGGGCCUCCCACAGGAUGUGAAUCCAGAUGGAGCAGUCGGAAGGAGACCCGAAGCGGCCCCAGAAACAACCUUGGGGAAAACUCGUCCGUCUGGGUGCCGAGGGGGCCGAGUCCGACAUCCUCUUGUUGAAGAGAGAGUGGACCAUUGGACGGAGGAAAGGUUGUGACCUAUCAUUCCCCAGCAACAAACUGGUGAGUGGAGAUCACUGUAAGAUCAUGGUGGAUGAAAAAUCUGGUCAGGUGUCACUUGAAGAUACCAGCACUAAUGGAACGGUUAUUAAUAAACUGAAGGUUGUUAAGAAGCAGACUUGCCCUUUACAGACUGGGGACGUAAUCUACGUUGUUUACAGGAAGAAUGAGCCAGAACACAAUGUUGCAUAUCUCUAUGAAUCUUUAAGUGCAAAACAAGAUGUAUCGCAAGAACCUAGUGAGGCUAAUGUAGAAAACUCGUGCCACACGACCAAAGAUACCUCAAGUACAGGAAGAAGUGAUGAGAUCCAGGUUAUGCCAUCACUACCCGCCACUCAGACUUGCUAUGAGGAACCACAGCCAUCUACAUCCACAUCUAACCUCUUUAACACGUCCUCUACCUCUCUUAUGGAGUCAGCUUCUACUGAGCGGGAACACCCUUCUACAUCUGGACCUACGUGUUUAGGCACAAACCUUGAAGAGCACAGCCAAUUUGCUGCGAGUGAUGAAACCUCCAACUUCACGUCAGCUCCCGUAAACAAAGAGGAAACCCUAGCUUUGCUGUUGGAGCCAGAGGGGCCGGAUGAGCUGGAGGACUUGGAGCCGGUUAAGAAGAAAAUGAAGGGAGAUGGGGAUGCUAAUUUGGAUCUUGAGACGCUUGUGGCAGGCCAGUGUAAAAACAACAGAGUCAGCCCCGAGGAUGUGAAAGUGGCCAAUAUGAAACCAGACAAAAUGGAAGAAACUCUGACUUGCAUUAUCUGCCAGGAACUGCUGCAUGACUGUGUGAGCUUGCAACCCUGCAUGCACACUUUCUGUGCUGCCUGCUAUUCGGGAUGGAUGGAGCGCUCUUCCCUCUGCCCAACUUGCCGUUGUCCGGUAGAACGCAUCUGUAAAAACCACAUCCUGAAUAACCUCGUUGAAGCCUACCUUAUCCAGCACCCAGAGAAGUGUCGUAACGAAGAGGAUGUGCGGAGCAUGGAUGCCAGGAAUAAAAUCACUCAAGACAUGCUCCAGCCAAAAGUCAGGAGAUCCUUUUCUGAUGAAGAAGGAAGCUCAGAGGAUCUGCUGGAGCUGUCGGAUGUGGACAGCGAGUCCUCGGAUAUCAGCCAGCCAUACAUAGUUUGCCGACAGUGUCCUGGGUAUCGGAGACAUGCUGUGCCACCUCUUCCCUGCCCGGCCCCAGAGAGUGAGGCGGGGGCAUUACCAGCCCUUGGGGAUGCCCCAUCUACAUCUGCCAGCUUUCCUGCAGUGGUCCAGGAAUAUGUGUGUCCUUCCCAAGGAAGCCAUGCAAUAUGCACUUGCUGUUUCCAGCCGAUGCCUGACCGAAGAGCCGAGAGGGAGCAGAAUCCCCACGUCGCCCCUCAGCAGUGCACCGUUUGCUUACAGCUCUUCUGCCACCUCUACUGGGGCUGUACUCGAAUGGGCUGUUUCGGCUGCCUGGCGCCCUUUUGCGAGAUAAAUCUUGGUGAGAAAUGUUUAGAUGGUGUCCUAAACAACAACAACCAUGAGUCAGAUAUUCUAAAGAAUUACCUGGCAUCCAGGGGUUUAACAUGGAAGAACAUGUUAAAUGAAAGUCUCCUAGCUCUUCAAAGGGGAGUAUUUAUGCUAUCAGAUUACAGAAUUACUGGGAACACCGUGCUAUGUUACUGUUGUGGUCUCCGCAGCUUUCGCGAACUUACUUAUCAGUACAGGCAGAACAUCCCUGCCUCUGAAUUACCAGUGACUGUGACAUCCCGGCCUGACUGCUAUUGGGGACGAAACUGCCGGACUCAGGUGAAAGCACACCAUGCUAUGAAAUUCAAUCACAUCUGUGAACAAACACGCUUCAAGAACUAGAUUUCGAAGCACUGCAACGGUCUUGGCUAUUUGGUGUCGGUAAAGGACGAUAAUAAAGAAGGCCUCAAAUACUGAACACAGGUGUUUUCAGGGCAUUUUCACAGUUCCCUUAGCACAGGGAGUUGGAUAUCUUCACAUCAGAUACUCUGAUGGGACCUUUUUCUUGGUAGAGCUUUACACUUUUGAGUAAGACUUUUUUUUUUUCUUCAAGACGUCUCCUGAAAGCAUCGCACCCCAUCGCCGUCACCGAGCUGUCCGCCUCUCCUCCGUCAGCAGUCAGAGGGGCGGCAGACACGCUGAUGAAUGGGAAUGUGCUUGGCCUGAGUGAACUGGUAGGAUGAUCAAGGACAAAUCCUGCUCCGAAGCAGUAGUGCUACACUUUCAGGCGGGUGUGUUUAAGAGCCAUUCCUAUCAAAGGACAGAACCGUCCCUGUAUGUCCAGGCCUCAGUCCUGCGGCUGCUCGCCGUCUGUUUUCCUUUUUCUACCUUUACCAAAAUUGUAGUUAGAUCAGGAGUCUGUUUUUAAGAAAAAUUUCCUAGGGCAAAACAAAACAAAAAGACUUUGUUCGUCAAAAUAUACUUUGUUUCCUUGUCAUCAAAAGAGGAGCCAACGUUUACAGCUUGUAGGGCAUGCAGAGGGCUUUGCAGUAGGAAAACCACAGUUUUAUAUGUGUUGUCUUUUAGUUGAGUAGUUUUGGGGGGCCUCUCUCACUUGCCAUUAGAAUGAAAUAUUUCAGAUAGUAGCACAAAUAAUUUUCAAGCCAAUUGAAAGUCAGAGUAGGAUCAUGUGUAUGAAAGCAUAAAUUUCGAUUUUCUUUUUUUCUUUUAAUUUUGUAUAAACUGUAUAGAAACUUCAUAUCACAAGACCAAAACAAUAUCAUUGACAGAGAGCAGAUGGUAAUAAGAUGGUGCAAUUCUUUUGGAAAGGGGGUGGUGCUUCUUUAGUAGCAUUGUAUGUUAGUGAAGGUAGUCUUCCUCAUGCCUCUGGCCCCUAGCAUGUGCACAUUUCUGUGUCAGAUCACCGUAUUAGAAAGGUGGUAACUUUUGCAGUGAACAGCAGCUUUAUCAUGAAGAACAAAUACGAUUCAAACUAACGAGCAAUACGGACCCGCAGAGCGGAAGGUGGUAGAAGUCUCGGAAGCGUGGAGGCUCUCGGCAUCGGAGCAGUGCUUUUUUCCCCUCGCACUGCACGGAUGACUAGACAUGAACAUCCCAGAUUGAAGGCAUCGCAGCUCAAAAAUGUUUCCCAUUCCGUUGGCAACCGGGAUGCUACAUCUGCCUUAGCCCAACACACAGUCGUUUGUGUACCUGACAUCUGGCCGGACCCAAUGGAUGGUAUCCAAACACGUUACCUCUUGAUCCAUCGUGUCACUUACACCGAGCCUUAUUUGAGGAGGCAGAUUCAUUCUUUUGGGUAAAGACGCACGGCGGGUUUGACAGUUGAAUCCCAGACUCCCGGUCUGCCUCUUAUCACCGUCCAUUUGUCGGAGGCGGUCAUCCAGUGUUUCCCUUGACUGGUAGAAAGAAACCCAGAAAAAUGCCAGCCUGUAAGUGGAUGGGUUCACAGGUCCCACCGUGCUGAGAGCAGUCGAUCUGGCGUGUUCUUUCCUGACCCGCUCUCCUUGGCAAUUUUUCCCGCAGUAGGAUUUGAAACUUCAUCUGGAAUAAUACUUGAAACGUUGUUUUAUUUAAAAGAUGUUUGUUUUUACCUUUUUUUUUUCCUCUAAUGAACUAACUUCUGUUGCAUCUGUAAUCACUUAUGUUUGGAAAUUUGCAAGCCAAUUUUAUUGUAUCUUCUCAGGAAUACCAUUUCCAGCUGUCACGUCUUGCUUUUGGGCAGGCUAGGAGAGGGUAGGUAAGCAUUCUGCUUUGGUGGAGAAAGGCCCUUUCAAGUUAAAAUGCAGCAAUGUUCCUGCUCCCUCUCUCUUCCUCCUCCUCCUCCUUUUUUCAGUACCCACGUUUCCAGCAGGGACGCGUUCAUUGCAGUGCUGGGCAUUCCGGUCACCAGCAGGCUGAUCUUUCUUCAUCGAUGAUAAAUGAAAGGCACCGUCUCACUUUACCCAACUUGGCUUAUGCCUGUGCAACCAGUCGGAUUAAAUAGGGCCAUAUUUGUAUGUCGGCCUUUGUAAACUACCUGAAUAAUAGAAAUUCUCUGGUCUCAUCCCUUCUCCCCACCACUUUUUUUUUUCCACUUCGGGAACAAAUCUGCUUUUCUAUGCAUAGAGUUGAAGUAGUGCAAUGUAUCAAGCUUUCUUCAGGUUAGGCUGGACCUGGAAAUGCUAUGAUAAGGGGAAACAAACUCCUGUUGGAUUUGCUCUUAGGUUGCUUAAGGGCAUCUUUUGUGGGUAUUACAUACUCUGUACAUUAGUCCUUUUUAAAUGUCUGGUUGCCUGGUGAUCUUUAGUUAAUGUGAUAAUUGAGUGGACCCUGCUUGGUGUAACUUGAACUACGGCAAAGGUGCAGCGUAUUUUUUAAUCUCUGUAAAACGCACCCCCUAGUCUUUAGAAUAGAAUUUUGGAAGUAAAUCAUGAAUCUGUGGCCUGCGUCAAGUAGGUCUUGGUUGAUGAGAUGGAUUUUGAUCAAUGAGAAGAUGUUGUUUUAUAAAGAUGGUGGUGUGUAGUUCUUCCAACUUUUUGUGAUUUUUUUUUCCUGGAAAAAAAAAAGAAUUACAAUCCUCCUUGAGCCA